AUGCAUAUCGCAGAGAUUAAGAUGGGGUGCAGAGGUUGUGGCACGCUGGACUUCAUCACACGCUUCAUCUGCUUCAGGCUCUGCAGGCUCCAGGCUUCAGUCUCUGCAGGCUCCAGGUUCCAGGCUCCAGGCUCCAGGUUCCAGGCUCCAGGCUCCAGGCUCCAGUCUCCAGGUUUAAGGCUCCUGGCUCCAGGCUGGGCUUCAGACCCAGCCACCAUGCGCUCUCUGUUGGACAGCAGCUGGGACAAAUAUGGACCGGCCGGCCGGGACUCUCUGGACUGGUCCCCUGGCCCCUCGGGUCAGCCGUCCAGUGACGGACAGGCACCGGACCAGAGCUCAGGUGAGGCCAUGAGUGCCGGAUCCAUCACGUACAUCGUCAUCGCAACCGUCACCUUCUUCCUCGUCUUCUUCAGUGUCCUCGGCUUCCUGUUCAAGCGGCGCAGGCACGUCUUCGGCCUCAACAGCAAGCUGGGAUUGGCCAACGUGAUUAACCUGGAGGACCUGGAGGACCCAGAGAGGAACUGCGAGCUGCUGUCUUCCAUCCGGCGCAGCAGGGGGCAGCAGCUGCCCAGCUCCAGCUCCGAGCAGGACGUGAACGACGGCGUCUUCCUCAUGGUCUACCUGCCCUCGCCGUACGAACAGACUCUCACCAGGAUCGCCAGGGCGGCCAGCACGAAAAGACCCAAAGACCCGGAGCUGAUGCCGCCGAGUCCCGGACCAGAGACCGGCAGCAGAGGUGCAGAAGAGGAAGGGACAAGGCUGGAGGACAAGGCAACCGUAGAAGAAGACAUGAAGGCGGAAAGUAGUUCUGCAGGGAUUUUGUAGGUCAACAAGGAAGCUAGCGUGGCUCUGGUUCCCUGAGAUAAAAAGCCAAUGGGAUUUCUCGGAGGGAUUUUGCAGAAAAUAAGCUCUUUAGUAGUAGUAAGGGUUAUGAUACUUACAGGUUUUAUCCACCGAGGUUAUCUUACAACCAGGUCACAUGACUUCCUGUCACCACCGCUAAGCUAAAGGCGGCUAAUGGUGGGCGCGAUGUCGGCUCAUUUAGCGGCCUCUGUUUUUAAUUCCACCAGAGGGGUAUUUACUGACGUAUUUGUUGUCGUAGGACUAAACGUUAAGAUUUCCUCUGCUUGUGUUAACCACAGGCCUUAUAUCAGGAGUCUAACCCAAAAAUAAUUGAGACAAGCGAGACCAAAAUGGUAAAAUGCUUAAUUUCCGGUCUGAAAUUCAAAUAUCCAAGACCUAAGCUAAAGGUGGCUAAUGUUUCCCAUGAUGACGUUCAGUAGUCUCUUUUAGACACUUGUUAGACACCUCCCCUUUUUUAAAAACAUGACAAAGCUUCACCCUUUGGUGAUUUACUAGAAGAAACAUUUCAAACAUCUUGGACUUCCUGCAUCUAUUUAAAAAGCCCUCUGACUUCAAAGUUCGGGAACUGGCAGUGCAAACAUUUUGACUCAUUUAAGGAUUAUAGGACUCCUUCCUGAAGCUUGCUAUACACAAAAGAGAGAGGAGAGGAUGAUUACAUAUCCAGACUUCCUGCUGAGGAAAACUCAUCAAUCCUACCCAGAGACACAUUAAUCUUGUCCCUAAAAUGAAGAGUUAACCCUUUACAGUGCGACCCCUUUUCUCCCUGUUGGGUUGGCUGGGUCUCCUUCUGUAAAACUGCUUGUAUACCCUCAACCCUGUGAAGCAUGAUGAAGUAAUACUCGUUUUCUUUUCAGGACAAACAGCUUUCAGAAUGUUAAUGCUGCAGGGAAGUUUUAUGACUGCUCUCUGUGUGGUAUGAAUUUCCGCGUGUUGUUUGUGUUUAUGGCCUGAUUGCUAUUUUUUACAUUCAUGUGAAAUCCCUGCAGCAUGAGCAUUCUGAAAGCUGUGUUUGUCCUGGAAAGAAAUAUGAUUAUAAGUUGAUUAUGCAUAACAGGGUUGAGGUUAUGCAAGCAUUUUAUCAGAAGGAGACCCAACGUGAACAAAAGGGCUUGUGUGGAGUUGAAAGAGCUGCACCAACAUCUCUUGCUUUGGAUUUGUUGGUGUGAUCUUUGACUGGAAACUCAUUGCCUGUCUUCAAACCUCCCUUUGGAUAGUAUCCUCAGUGAUUCUCCUUUUAAAAGUCAAUGGCUGCUGGACACUCCCACAGAACGACUGAUUUCCGAUCAUCCUCUAGACCACCACGGUCUGUUUCAGGAACCAAACCUUCGACAGUCCAGUGAGGAGACAGUUCGCUAAGAGCGGUCUGUACCGUCCUGCAACAUGUGCAUUAUAAAAUGACUGAAGAAGGAUCCACUUCAGAGUCUACUGAGUGUUUUGAACAUACCUCCCACAUUAUACCUCACACGUGACCUGGUUUUUAGGUUGUUGGCACGUAGGAUUGUAAAAAACGUACAUCUGGAUUGAAAGCAGGAUUUUCUACAACAAUGUGCAUCACAGCUGUAGCAUCCUUUUUAGAGAUGUAUUUUGUAAUAUCUCUAUUUAUUUUUGCUGUAUAAUAUACCAGUACAUUAACUGUUGUCUUAUUGUCUGACCCUUGGGAUACAAUGACUGACAAUAAAGUGAAGAUUUCUGAUUCA